AGGACUUCACUGAGGAAAUGGGGAAAAGGUAUUGUUGGUGGAAGUGUUCCUAGCAACAGUCAAUACUCUUCAGGAAAAGGAUUAAAAAGAGGGCAUUGGAGGAAGAGUUGAAGGAUACAACAAACAUCUUGGUUUCUAGGAUCGAAGGAUUGAAUAUAAGACUGGCUCCCAGCUCCGAUUAAUCAGUCAUUGAUUUGGGAUUGAGUGACAGAACAGAAGGGUUACUGCUUGUGGUCUUUGCCCAAUGAUACUGGGAGAGAGAGAGGGAGCCACUGCUCCUAGUUCCUACACUUCAACCCCAUAUAGAUAGGUGGAAGUAGAGGAAGUGAAGAAGGGUGGAAAAAUACCCCUGAUCCAACAUUACUUGAAAGCAAUAAUCUCCCAUCAUGCUAUCAAGAGAUUGGUGAAACUCAUAGUGACUAUCAAUGAACCUCUCUGACACAGAAAGUGAACAGCUAAAGGUACGGAAUCAGCUUCCUUCAUAUUACCAACACCCAGAGGGGCAAAGCCGUGGUCAUUUUAAAGGAACAGCAGUUGGUCGACAUGGGCGAAGAAUUCCUCGGGGGAUUACUCUUCACUGUGCAGUGCGAGAAAGCACCAAUCCGUUGAAGCACUUUGCAAAGUUUGACGGUCUGUGUUGAGGAUGGUGGGCCUACAACCUUCAAGCAUUCCAGUGACUCCUGGUGUGCAGAUCCUGAGUGCUGGCAUGGCAGCUUGCUUUGCUGACCUCAUCACAUUUCCCCUGGAUACGUCUAAAGUCAGAUUACAGAUUCAAGGCGAAGCCACACGAUCCUCAGAAGUCGGAGUUCCCAAAAGUAUCAAAUACCGCGGCGUCUGGGGGACAAUCGGCACCAUCGUCAGAACUGAAGGGCCCAGGAGUUUAUACAAUGGAUUAAUUGCCGGCCUCCAGAGACAGAUGAUCUUCGCUUCAAUAAGAAUCGGACUCUAUGACUCUGUAAAACAACUUUAUACCGGACAGGAUGGUAAUACCGGUAUGGUUGUCCGCCUGUUGGCAGGAUGUACUACAGGAGCACUCGCUGUGCUAGUGGCUCAACCGACCGAUGUGGUUAAAGUUCGUUUCCAGGCACAAGUGAACCUCAGGGGUGUUACAAAGAGAUACCAUGGCACACUUCAGGCAUAUAAAUCAAUCGCCAGAGAAGAAGGAAUUCGAGGACUGUGGAAAGGAACUUUACCCAAUAUUGCUCGAAAUGCCAUCGUCAACUGUUCAGAACUUGUAACCUAUGACAUCAUUAAAGAGGCCAUUUUGAGGGAAAAUCUGUUGACAGAUAACUUUCCGUGCCACUUCCUCUCAGCCUUUGGUGCAGGGUUUUGUGCAACAGUAGCAGCUUCUCCUGUUGAUGUGGUAAAGACGAGGUACAUGAACUCUGCUCCUGGACACUACAAGAGUGCACUCAAUUGUGCUUGGAAAAUGCUGAGUAAUGAAGGACCAACAGCUUUUUACAAAGGGUUUUUUCCCUCUUAUCUGCGCCUUGGCAGCUGGAAUGUGAUAAUGUUUGUGACAUAUGAGCAGCUGCAAAGGGCAAUGAUGAUAGUCAAACAAAGUUAUGAUCGUGCUGCAUGAUUCCUCGGAACACAUUACUCCAAAUCAUAGAAUGAUUUCCCUACACUGCUGAGUCUGCGUUAAUGACAUAAGAACUGAUGCCAUAAACAUGAAUUUUCAACAAGGGAUUCCUUUUUAAAAAUACUAUUUGGUAUGAAAUGAGGCUCUUUGGUCAACAUGCCUUUGGUUUAAUUCAAUUGCAUUUAAAAAUCUGCUGAUAUUUGUUUAUGGACAUUUUGUAAAACACAUAGGGUAAAUAUUUUUGGACAGUAUAUGAACAAUC